AUGAAUUCGAUAUUUCGCUUUAGCAAAAGUUCUGAUCAUAUUUUCAUUACUCUUUCAUUUAUUGUAAGUAUAAAUAAUGUUUUUCGAUUUCCGGCAUUACUGUCUGAAUCUGGCGGAGAUUUUCAAUUAGUACAAAAAAUAUUAUUUUUUAUACCGUAUUUUUUAUGCCUUGUAUUUGUUACAACGCCUAUCAUUUACUUGGAAAAUGCACUUGGACAAUACAGUUCAUUACCACCAGUUCAACUUUUUGCGCAUCUUUGUCCGGGUUUCAGUGGUAAGAAUACUUUACUUUUUUGUCAUUUUUAUUUAAAAAAGACAAGUAUAUUUUAAUU